AUGACAAUAGGUAUUGCUAUAGGAGUCAUAGGACUCUUACUCGCCGGUUGCUGGCUGCACUGGGAGCUCAAAAGAAGGAGACUGAUCAACACCAGACGAAAGUUUUUCGUUCAAAACGGCGGCAUUCUGUUGCAGGAGAAACUCAUCGCUAAAAAAAGAUCGUCAUCCUCUGGCACAACUAGAAUCUUCACUUCAUCCGAGCUGAAAAAGGCUACCAAAAACUUCAACAGCAGCAUGAUCAUAGGCCAAGGAGGAUACGGAACCGUCUACAGAGGAUUACUACCCGAUAACCAAACAGUCGCCGUUAAAAAAUCCAAAUUAGAAGUCGACCCAAACCAAAUCGAGCAGAAGAAAUCAUCCUGA